UAUGAACGGAAACUUUGAUCUUGAUCCAGGUGAAGAACCUGGAAAAGACAAUGAAAUGAUAUACGAACACCAGAAAAACAGCAGAAGACGAGACAGUGAUAGCGAAGAUUGCCCAUACACCAAACAAGCAAGAAACGAAGAAACCGGCAAACAGACCACGGAGAACCAUACCUACGGAACAGUAACUCAAGAACACAGAACCGCAGCCAUGGUUAAGAUCCAAAAAUAGAAAAUUAGAUGUCUGCAUAACUAGAAUAAUAACUAAGCACACAAGACUAAAUAAACACCUACAUAGAAUGAAAAUAACAAAUGACCCUUACUGUAGAUGGUGUCAUAAUCAAGAAGAAGAUAUAGAACACUUAAUCCUACACUGUCCAAGAUUCCACUCCAGCAGAACAAAAUUGAAAGAAGCCUUAAGAAAAAUCAAAGUAAUCAACCCUAACAUAAACUUAUUAUUCACAGGUGCAGAUCUCUCCCCAACAGAAAAGUUUUAUACUCUUAGACACACCAAAAUCUUUUUAAGAAAAACCAAACUAACAGAGAUCAUAUAAAAGAAAGAAUAGAAAAGAAAAAAGAUCCAGGGGAUAUAGACUAUGCAAAAGUCUAAAACCCUAUAAAAGAAGAAAGAAGAAGAAGAAUAAGUGGUUGGAGAACCGGUCGAGACUUUGAAGAGUGAACAUCAACGUGUAAGAGUGAUCAAUCUUUAAAAAGUACCGAACUUAGUGAAGUGAAAGCUUAUGAACGGAAACUUUGAUCUUGAUCCAGGUGAAGAACCUGGAAAAGACAAUGAAAUGAUAUACGAACACCAGAAAAACAGCAGAAGACGAGACAGUGAUAGCGAAGAUUGCCCAUACACCAAACAAGCAAGAAACGAAGAAACCGGCAAACAGACCACGGAGAACCAUACCUACGGAACAGUAACUCAAGGAAACUACGUGGGAAGGAGAAGCCUAAGAUCCCUUACUCUGCUUCGUCUCUCCUCCCCGUGAAGCCAGGGUUCCCUUGAGUGAGGAGCCUCCUAUGCUGAGACCCAAGGGAAGGCACGUGCAGUCACUCAGCUGCUGGAAGUCUGGCUUUGCGGAGAGUGUGUGGAGCCAUAAGGGCGACAAUGAGUGUUCUCCCUGACCAGAUUCCUUUGGCCCCACUCAUGGACACGGAAACAUUUGGCACAGGAGUCCGUAUCAAAGAAGAGCUCACCGAAGAGAUCUACUUGGAGAUAAAAGAAGAAUCCUAUGAUUAUGCAGAUGAAGCAAGGGAUGAAGUGAGCGAAGUGGAAGUGAAAUGUGAAUUUCAUUCCUUCAAGGAUGUUGAAGACCUUAGAUAUGAAGCAAAGGAAAAAGAGUCAUGUGACGUUAUUGAGGAUUGCAACACGUUGUCAAGAGCGCCAUUUGUAGCUGAGGAAUGUGGUGAAAAAUGCUCAUCAGAAGAGAGUCAGGCAAAGCAUAAGGAAAUUCAUAAAGAGGUGACACAAAGAGAAGUUGAUAGAAAAUUGAAGCGUUUUUUAUGUGAAGUGUGUGGGAAGACAUUCUAUAAUAAGGCACAUAUGAAGAUUCAUAUGAGAGUACACACAAAGGAGAAGCCAUACAGCUGUGAAAUUUGCAACAAAGGUUUCUCUACAAAGAAUGACCAAGUGAGGCACAUGAGAGUACACACAAAGGAGAAGCCAUACUGCUGUGAUAUUUGCAACCAAGGCUUCUCACAGAAAUAUAGUUUGGUAAAGCACAUGAGAAUACAUACAAAUGAAAAGCCAUAUAGCUGUAAGAUUUGCAGCAGAGCUUUCUCGGAUAAAUUCCACGUAAGCCAACACAUGAGAGUACACACAAAGGAGAAGCCAUACUUAUGUGGGAUUUGCAAUAAGGCUUUUGCACAGAGUAGUGCCCGAGUGACACACAUGAGAUUACAUACAAACGAGAAGCCUUACAGCUGUAAGAUUUGCAAUAAGGCAUACACACAAAAUGUUGCCCUAGUAAUACACAUGAGAGGACAUACAAAAGAGAAGCCCUACAACUGCGAGAUUUGCAAUAAGGGCUUCCCAGUGAAAUCCAAUCUUGUAAACCACAUGAGAGUGCAUACAAAGGAGAAGCCAUACAGUUGUGAGACUUGCAAUCGAGCCUUCUCACAGAAAAGUAAUUUAGUAAAGCACAUGAGCGUUCAUACAAAGGAGAAACCUUAUAUCUGUGAGAAUUGCAAAAAAGCCUUCUCAGAUAAAUAUAACUUACGCCAACACAUGAGAGUACAUACAAAGGAGAAGCUGUAGAGCAGUGAGAUGUGCAACAAGGAAAUAAAACCUCUUGUGCAUAAUCUAGCUCUAAUCAAUGGAGAACUUACAAAGGAGCAAUGUAGCUAAAGAAUCUCUAAGAAAUGUGUUCGUGAUUAUGUGCGGGCAUGCAAUGUAUAACCCAUGUUGGGAUUCUUUCUGAAAGAAAAAGGCUUCGGGGUAAAUGAAGGUCACAGGCCUAAUACUUUAAAGGUACAUGUUAGGCCUGUGUUAGACCUUCACACAUGGUUCAUGUUGCUUUAGCUUGGAAUUUUGAUGUCACUAACAAGGCGGGAAUGAUCGGGGUGGCUGCGGAAGGAAAAUUUGCCUACUUGUCCAUGAUGCAUCUUCCCCAAUAAUGACAAGAGGAAGUGUCCCUGUAGAUGUUUUUUUUUUGUUUUUUUGUUUUUUUGUUUUUUCAGGAGGAAAAAAAAAAAAAAAAACAUCUAGAGGGAGAUUUCGUCUUGUCAUUAUUGGGGAAGAUGCAUCAUGGACAAGUAGGCAAAGUUUCCUACCGCAGCCACCCCGAUCAUUCCCGCCAAUUCCAAGCUAAAGCAACAUGAACCCUGACGUCACUUGCAAACCCAGUCCUGCCCAUCCUCAUCCCUCCCUUGUAUAUUUGCUCUGUAGCUCUGUGUUAGCAUUCUUGUCUAGCAAUCUUGCUGAGCUACAUUCGAUCCCACGUGCUGCCAGUGGACGGUAACCCUGUUCAUUCACACAAGGGGUAAUUUAGAAGCAAAUAAACAGACAGCAUGUCACGGCAAAGACUAUCCUUUUUAACAAGUGGAAUUAAAACAAGUAUUAUUAUGAUUAUUGCACUGGAACUGUCUCCAUCUCCUUAACAAAUUACCCUGUCUACAAGGAUUGGUCAGAUUGUGGAGAAGUACUACUCACCUGCCCCUUGGACUGUGAUGCAGCAUCAGUACAAUGCUACACUGUUUCCCCUAGACGCUGUCGUAAGUCCUCCACCAAUAUUACCGAGAUUACUUUCUGUAGACGUGAUUUAUCGUUUAAUGUUUAUAUUUUUAGAGUCCCUCCGUACCCAACCAUAUUAACUUCAUCCCUAUUAAUGUCAGAAUUAUUGGUGUUUAGGCCUCUCUGCCAAAAACUGCUGCUACACAGCCUGAUGAACUCUAUGUGCCCAAUCUGUGUGGUUAUGAUCGAUCAAACUGCUCUGCACAAUUAUGAACAUGAACCAAUUGUGGUGGCUCUUAUAAUGUGUUGUAUAGGGAUUGCCCUCCCUGCAAGUUUAAGUCUGAGAUGGUGAUUCUCAGAUUGAAUUUUGGUAAAAAUUCAUGACAAAAACAUGACAGGAAGCAUGCAGAAGAAGUUUUUGAGGUUUUUCUCCUACUCCCUAUACUAGUACUGUCCUUCAUUCUGCCCCUCCCCCCUCCCUACCAAGAUGUUUUUACAUCUUCAGUAUCUCUUCCCCAUCCCACUUUUAGCCCCCCCCCCCCUCUCACCUAGUCAAAAUCUUUUACCAUUCUGAAUCUAGUCACCUCAAUCUCCACCAUUAUUCUGGAAACUCUUGUCUCUUCUUCUCUGGCACCUACCCCUCGUCAUCCUCAGCCAACUCCUCUCACAAGACAAGCUAAACAUUUCCAUCUGCAUCUACAUGAACCUCUCCCUCCACCCCUCAAACAUCUGUCGCCACUGCUCCCCCACGCAAGAAAACCUUUAAUUCUCAAAUCUCCCCUGCCCACUCCACUUCAGAAACUCUCAAAGGCAUUGAGACCUAUUUUAUCUUGACCCUAGAUAACAUACCUGCACCUCACCCAUCCUCAAAUCUCUCAUGCUCAUGUUCCCCCUACACCCCUUCCUCCCACUCCCAACACAUCGGCUUCAGCUGCAUCAUCUCCCUUUCCCAUUAUUCCUUCCAACUCCCCCUGGAUACACAUACAACACCCUUCCCUGGAUUCUCUCCCUUUUUCCUAUAAACCCCUACCUUACCCUAUGGUCCUGUUUCCAGAAUUCCUCACUCCUACCUUUAACAACUUUGAUCUAAUCACCUUUAUUAAGUCCUACCUUCUGAACUGCUCUGUAAUUUUGACAGCUAGCACAUUUAGUCAUCAUCUAACCUCCUCUUUUUCACCUUUCUGCAGUGCUACAUGACCUUUGAUGUCUAGCUUGUUUGUUUUGUUUUGUAACCAUUAACCAUCGUGUUAUUCUGAGAGGAACAUGGGAGGCUAGACCAUCAUCCAGCUAUCAUGCUCUUGUAUAUAUAUAUGUGUGUAUAUAUAUAUAGAAGGCAAAACCCCACACACUAAUGCAUGCAAGAUCAUGUUUACUCUUGAUGUGCACAGAUGCUAUUGAAAGAUCUAUUUAUUUUGGCAGUAGGAGGUGAUGCACUGGGCGGUCAGUGUGCAGUGCUGUUACAUUUAACACAUGCCUCAGAUUCAUGUUUUCAUUAUUUAUAAAUUAUAUUUUAA